UCAUUCGGGACCAGGCAUCGUUCCCUAAUUCUUGCCUGACUUCUCAAUGGUGGAGUCAGUUACAGGGUGGUCUUGUGAAGUUUUCAUUGAAGGAUGAGAAAAGUGUAAUCAUACGAGAGAGUAAAACAUUCAUGCUGUACGGGAGCUGGGGCGUGAGCGAAGACUGUUAUGUAGGCUUCUCCAUAGGAAAGCAUAGUCACGCUUUUACGCACUUCCAGGUGUCUUCUCUUACCAAGCUAAAAGUGAAUAAAGAAACCUGACGCUUGACAAACUGCUCACUAUCCAAGGCCGGGAUUAUGAAUUUGCAACUUGUUGAUUGUUUUUCAUAAUUGUUUUCUAUCUUAAGCGCGGUGCUGGAGUUAUUUAUUUACUAUUAGGCCUAUGCGCGAUCCAUAAUCAAGACAACCGUUAUCAGCAGGUAGUCUAAUGUGGAUCAAUUGCAAUGUUGUUGAUUUGCUGUUACAACCACACUUUUUUUCUGCAAGAAAUUGUAGGCUGCUCCGCGUGACGAGUGUUAUCCUACUGGUCCAGAUGUUUGGGAUAUUGGAUGUGGGGUGUUGAAACUAGGAUAGAGGACGCUGCCGUGCCUAAACUGUACUCGGCUGUUGGCUAUGGUUUAUCAAAAGCGCUGUUUUGGACUUGGACUUCUAAAAAUAAUGUCGGAGACACCAACGGGACAAUGCCCUCUCACCUGGACGUUGGAGAGAGCUGGACGGGUGCAUUGAGAUUCCCUUAUGCCAGAUUGCAGCGUAUCAUCAUUAAAUAGCUUUUCUGUUUAUAUUUCAUAAAUCCUAAGGAAUGGCUUCCCAGGUGGUGUGCGGACUGGUCUUCAGGCUGCUGCUGCCAGUUUGUCUCGCUGCAGCUUGUCUGUUCCGGUACAAUGGGUUCUCUUUUGUCUACCUCAUCUACCUCCUGCUCAUCCCACUGUUCCCAGAACCCACCAAAACGACAAUGCAAGGUCACACAGGGUGCCUGGUUAAGUCCCUGUGCUUCACCGGUAUGGCUUUCCUGCUGCUGCACAUCAUCUACCAGGUUACCAUCAACAGUCUGCUAACAGGAGACAACAUAGAACCCAACUUCAACUGUUCAACAUGGGAGAAGUUGGUGCGACAGCUGGGCUUGGAAAGCAUCCGGGGUGCCGAUGCAGGAAACGGAAUCCGUGUGUUCAUGCCAGACAUCGGCAUGUUCGUGGCGGGCCUGGUCACGUGGCUGCUGUGUCUGAGUCUGGAGGAGAAGCCGCAGGUGAAAGACAAAUCACAGCAGCAUGACGUCGAAUGCGAGUCAGACAGUCAGGAAAAGAAGGAAGAGGAGGUUGAGAAAGAGGAGGGGGAAAAGGAAGAGGAGGUUGAGAAAGAGGAGGGGGAAAAGGAAGAGGAGGUUGAGUUGGAGGAGGACGACCUGAUGUUCGAGGAGGAUUUUGAGACGGGCGAGGAUGGAGAUGGAGAGAUGACUGGGGACGAGGUGGAGGAGGGAGGAGACGGGCAAGAAGGGGAUGGAGAAGUAGAGGAGGAGAGCACCAAGAUGAAGAUCCUUCGUCAGAUAGCGGCGAUGGCAUCCAAAGUCAAGGAGAUCAUUGGGAAUCUUAUUACCACGGCAGGGAAAGUAGUGGUCACCAUUCUUCUGGGCCUUACAGGCAUCAUGCUGCCCUCCCUGACCUCUGCAGUCUACUUCUUCACCUUCCUGGGCCUGUGUACCUGGUGGUCCUUCUGUCGGACAUUCCACCCGCUCAUCUUCAGCUGUCUGUGUGUCCUCAUGGCCAUCUUCAGCGCUGGUCACCUGGUGACUCUCUACCUCUACCAGUUCCAGUUCUUCCAGGAGCUCAUCCCACCCGGGGAUAGCUACGCCAGUCUGUUUGGCAUCUCGUCGGUGGUCCAGACUGACUGCUCCCACACCUGGAUGUUCCGGGUCAACCCGGCGCUGUCCUGGCACCACUAUGUCAACCCCAUCAUGCUGCUGUUGCUCUACUACACCCUGGCCACACUCAUACGCCUCUGGCUGCAGGACCCCACAGACACGGUGCCUGGUGAGGGCGAAGGGGGAGAAGUGGGUGAAGGGGAGGAGCCUAUGGUUGAUGACAUCACCUCCACAGGAGAGAAGAGGAGAGAAGUGUGGUGCAUGGCUCACCAAACAGAUGACAGAAACCUUCUUUCAACCCAAGACGGAUACAGCACAUCUGAGGUUUUGAUCGUAACCUCCAACGGGUCUCCUCCGGACUAUGUCCACACCAACGGGCUGCUGGGGCUGGACCUGCACUCCACACCGCAGUACAAACCAGGCCAACCAGGGACAGAUCUGGGGAGUGUGUAUGAGGUGGUGGUUGUGCAGGGUGAAAGUUUGAAAGAAGAGAUGGAUGCAGGGGCGAUGGCGUGGGCGACUGCGCCGGGGGAAGGAAUGGCGCGAGCUAAUGCGGUGGUCACGGCCUUCAGGUUCAUCAUGAAGCAAAGCUACAUCUGUGCUCUCAUUGCAAUGAUGUCCUCCUCUCCCUCUCCCUCUCCUCCCCCCUCUCCUCUCCCUCUCCUCUCCCUCUCCCCUCCCUCUCUUCUCCCAGAUCUGAGGAGUAAGUGGUAUCUGGUGGUGGACCGCCUCACGGUGCUCUUCCUCAAGUUCCUGCAGUACUUCCAGCAGCUGCAGCUGACCGUCUGGUGGCUCCUGGAGCUCCACAUCAUCAAGAUCGUCUCCUCCUACAUCAUCUGGGUCUCAGUCAAAGAGGUGUCUCUGUUCAACUACGUGUUCCUGGUGAGUUGGGCAUUCGCCCUGCCCUUCGGUCAGUUCAGGCCCCUGGCCUCCAGCGUCUGUACCGUCUGGACCUGUGUCAUCAUCGUCUGCAAGAUGCUCUACCAACUCACCUCUAUAAACCCCUCUACGUACUCGAAGAACUGCUCCAUGCCUCUGAACUACACGGAUAACCAGAGGAGUGAGAUGGCUCACUCCCUGCUCUACAGCGCCCCUGUGGACCCAGCCAACUGGGUGGGUCUCCGCAAGUUUUCCCCCCUACUGGAGAACCUGAGGAACAACCUGUUGAUUCUGGCCCUGCUGGCGUUUGAGGUGACCAUCUACCGCCACCAGGACCUGUACCGCAUGAGAAACAACCUCACCACGCCCGUCACCAGAACCAUCUUCCACGAUAUCACCCGGCAACACCUCGACGACAGCAUCGUCAACGGUGCCAAGUACUUCAUCAACUACUUCUUCUACAAGUUCGGCCUGGAGACAUGCUUACUGUUGGCGGUGAACGUGAUUGGUCAGAGGAUGGACUUCUACGCCAUGCUCCACGCUUUCGGCCUGAUCGCAGUCAUCUACCAACGGCGCCGGAAGGCCAUCGCUGACACCUGGCCCAAGUACUGUUGCUUCCUGGCCUGCAUGCUCACCUUCCAGUACUUCGUCUGCAUUGGCGUCCCCCCGGCCGCCUGCAAAGACUACCCAUGGAGGUUCCCCUCAUCCUCCACAGACUCCAACGUCAUCAAGUGGCUCUAUUUCCCUGACUUCCACACCAAGCCCAACCCAAUGUUCCUGCUCUAUGACUUCAUGCUGCUGCUGUGUGCCUCGCUGCAGAGACAGGUGUUUGAGGAGGAGAAGGAGGAAGCCGUGCGCCUCCUGGCCGGUGACAACAUGGAGAUCUGCAGGGACCUGGACUCCGCCUUCUUCAGUCAACACAACCCCAUCCCAGACUUCAUACACUGCAGAUCCUACCUGGACAUGCUGAAAGUGAUCAUGUUCAGCUACCUCUUCUGGUUCGUGCUCACCAUCAUCUUCAUCACGGGCACCACUCGCAUCUCCAUCUUCUGUAUGGGCUACCUGGUGGCCUGCUUCUACUUCCUGCUCUUUGGGGGUGACUUGCUGCUCAAGCCAAUCAAAAGCAUCCUGCACUACUGGGAUUUCCUGAUCGCCUACAACGUGUUUGUGAUCACCAUGAAGAACAUACUGUCGAUACUGGCCUGUGGAUACAUAAAGUCCCUGGUCACCAAUCACUGUUGGCUCAUACAGCUGUUCAGCCUGGCCUGCACUAUAAAAGGCUAUUCUAAACCUGAGCAACAGGCCAACAAGCAUUGUGACUUGCCUAGCGACGAGGCAGGCAUCAUCUGGGACAGCAUCUGUUUUGCCUUCCUGUUGCUACAGCGACGCGUAUUCAUGAGCCACUACUUCCUGCACGUGGUCGCCGACAUUCGCUCCUCACAGAUCCUCGCCUCCAGAGGGGCUGAGCUGUUCCAAAGCACCAUAGUGAAAGCUGUAAAAGCCAGGAUCGAAGUGGAGAAGAGGUCGAUGGACCUGCUGAAGAGACAAAUGGACCGUAUCAAGAGUCGACAGCAGAAGUUCAAGAGGGGGAAGGAGAGGAUUUUGAGCUUGGUGCAGGAGAGCGGAGACGCAGGCCACGGACACAGCAAGGACGAGGAGGAGGAGGAUGAAGAUAAAGAAAUGAGCAGAGAGAAGAAAAUACAGCGGUGGUGGAGGCCGUGGGUGGACCAUGCAUCCAUGGUGAGAAGUGGUAACUAUUACCUGUUUGAGACGGACAGUGAAGAAGAGGAAGAGGAGGAUAAAAAUGAGGAAGAGCAGCCCAAGAAGUCUGCAUUUCAGUUUGUUUACCACGCCUGGAUGACCAAUUCCAAGACGGCCAUGAAGGAGCGCAGCAAGGAGAAACGCCGCUUCUGGAAAAAUACACUGAAGGGAGCAGCAGCAAUGCAUGUUCCUAUGGAAGAGGAGGACCAGGAGGAGAUGAAAACAGAUGGAUCAGACAACAUGCUGAAGCGAGUCUUCAACAUAGUCAAGUUCUCCUGGGUGUUGUUCCUGGCCAUGUUGGACAGUUUCACAGCCUGGAUCAACUCCAUGUGUCAGGAACACCUGGACAUCUCCACCGUGCUACGCAUUGAGCGCUGUAUGCUCACGCACGAGGUUAACAAGGGGAACAAGCCUUCCCGGGAGAGCAUCCACGUGUACUACCGCAAGCAAAUGUGCAAGGCUGCGUCCAUUGAGUCGGGCCUGGAGAGAACCGAGGAGGAGACUUGCCAGGACUGCAUCCCCCACAAGGCUGAGAGCUGUGCCUGUCUGGAGAGCCAAGAAUCUAUGGCGUCUCAUGAUAGCCUGUCCAGUGCGUACACAGAGAGCACACUGCUCUACUCCUGUCGCUCCACUCUGGACCACACUGACAUGGGUCCUGACAACGUACAGGUGCCCAAGACCAGCGAGCGUGCCCGUCCUAAACUCUGCAAGAUGGAGGGGCUGGACCUAAAGUCCACCUCUUCAGCUGACAGCAGAGGCAGCCAGGCCAGUGAGCACAACCAGUGUAUAGCCCUCUGUUCCCGCCAGGGGACCACCGACACCAUCGAGGAGACAGGAGAGGAGCCAGACCAGGACCUCCAAGACCCCCACUCCUCCUCCACCUCCAUGGGGCUGUACAUGGAACAUGAGGGGGUUCUUCUCUCCAGGUCCAGGGGUUUGGACUGGGACAGUAGGGACAGCGUCCCGGAAGUCAAACAGACAGGGUUGGAGAGAGGACCGUGCUACGCCCACCACAGUGACCUCCAGCUCUACCAGGCAGACCUCCCCAGUACAGACGCAGACAUCCCCCCCUCAUACAGCAGAGCUACAGGCCUGGACAGGGAGGGGGCCUCGUACAGCAGAGCUACAGGCUUGGUCAGGGAGGAGGCUGAACGGGCCUCAUCCAUUAGGGCCCAUCAUAAGAAGAGGUUGGUUGUGGUGACACCUGACGAGAAGUCAGAUCUUCUGUCGGGCGUCACGAGUGGCACGUUUCCCUCGCUCACCCACGAGCUGACAGCCAGCGAUCUGCUACGCAAUAGGAUGUUCUAUGACGAGGAGUUGGAUGAUUCAGAGCGUUUCUACGGCGAUCAGCCGGCCCUGCUCCAGCUGCUCUAUGCUCUGUACAACAUGCUGGUGGCCCACUCAGAGAUGGUGUGUUUCCUGGUCAUCAUCCUCAACCACAUGAUCUCAGCAUCCGUGGCCACGCUCGUCCUUCCCAUCUUCAUCUUCCUCUGGGCCAUGCUGUCUGUCCCCAGGCCCAGCAAACGUUUCUGGAUGACCGCCAUCGUCUACACAGAGGUUACCAUUGUGAUCAAGUACUUCUUCCAGUUUGGUUUCUUCCCCUUCAACCAGAACAUUGAGCUGGACAAGUCCAAACCCUUCCAUCCUCCCAACAUCAUCGGUGUGGAGAAGAGGGAGGGAUACGUGCACUAUGACCUGGUUCAGCUGCUAGCUCUGUUCUUCCACCGAUCAAUUCUCAAGUGUCACGGGCUGUGGGAUGAGGACAACCCCAGGGGAGGAGGGAGGGAAACCCCCAAGCAGCACCACCACGAGAGGGAGAAGAGGACCAGCUCCAGGCCAGUGGAGAAGCAGGCUGCGGAGGGCAGCAGCUCCCUGCUGGAGUCGGUCCGCAACCGCAUACCCCGACAAUUCCACUCCAUGUCCACCUCCACCCCGCUGCGCCGCAAGAGCUCCAGCUCCGCCUCCCACCUUUCCCAGCGCACCGUGCGCUCCGCCCACUCCAAAGGAGAUAGUGUGAGCUCACGGCCUGGCCUGCGGAGAGGGCACAGCUUGCAGAGAGGGGACAGCCUGCGGAGAGGGGACAGUGUGCUGAGUGUCCAGCACAGGAGCAAGAAGGAGAUGAUCCUGGAGAAACUCAGAGAGCAGCUCAUCAAAGCCAAGAGCUUCACUGUCAAAAAAACUCUGGAGAUCUACAUUCCCAUCUGUCAGUUCUUCUACAACCUGAUCCACCCAGAGUACAGUGCAGUGACAGACGUCUAUGUGCUGAUGUUCCUGGCCGACACAGUGGACUUUAUCAUCAUCGUCUUCGGCUUCUGGGCAUUUGGGAAACACUCUGCGGCAGCUGACAUCACUUCCUCCCUGUCGGAAGACCAGGUUCCCGAAGCCUUCCUGGUGAUGGUGCUGAUCCAGUUUGGCACCAUGAUCAUCGACCGAGCCCUCUACCUUCGAAAGACCGUCAUGGGAAAAGUCAUCUUCCAGGUCAUCCUGGUGUUCGGCAUCCACUUCUGGAUGUUCUUCAUCCUGCCUGGAGUCACAGAGAGACGGUUCAGUCAGAACACAGUGGCCCAGCUGUGGUACUUCGUCAAGUGCAUCUACUUUGGCCUGUCGGCCUAUCAGAUCCGUUGUGGCUACCCCACCCGCGUCCUGGGCAACUUCCUCACCAAGAGUUACAACUACCUCAAUCUUUUCCUCUUCCAAGGGUUCCGCCUGGUCCCGUUCCUGACGGAGCUGCGAGCGGUGAUGGACUGGGUGUGGACGGACACCACCCUCAGCCUGUCCAACUGGAUCUGUGUAGAGGACAUCUACGCCCAUAUCUUUGUUCUCAAGUGCUGGAGGAUGUCAGAGAAGAGGUACCCCCAGCCUCGCGGGCAGAAGAAGAAGAAGGUGGUGAAGUAUGGGAUGGGAGGUUUGAUCGUCAUGCUUCUUAUCUGCAUUGUUUGGUUCCCGCUGCUCUUCAUGUCACUGGUCAAGUCAGUGGCCGGGGUGGUCAACAAACCUCUGGAUGUGUCGGUCACCAUCACCCUGGGAGGAUUUCAGCCCAUUUUCACUAUGAGUGCCCAGCAAAAUCAACUGAAGGACAUUAGCAAAGCAGAUUUUGCAGAUUUCAUGAAUUCAUACAACUACAUUCCGUCAGCGAUGCAGUUCCUGGAGGCCUACACGUCAGCGGACGUGGCUGUGGCGGAGCUGGAGGGCAGUUCCAACUCCCUGUGGACCAUCAGCCCCCCCAGCAGGAAGAACCUGAUGGACGUUCUCAGCAAGGAGGAAUACUUCCCUGUCACCAUGUCCUGGACCAUCCAGAGGAAUCUCAGUCUUGGAGCCAAAGCUGAAGUUGCGACAGAUAAACAUAUAACAUACCUUGAUAUGACAACGCGACAAGAGUUAAUAGAUCUGCUGAAUGGGACCAGAAACCAGGCUGUGGUGAUAGAACAAGUCUUCCCAUGCUUCCUCAGAGCUCCCAGUGACUCCAAUGCCAAACCUAUAGAACAACUCUAUAAAGACAAUAGCUACAAGAACAUCCUGCUAGCCCUGGAGAGAACCCACAACAGCAGUGGAGAGAUCCAGGAGUGGUGGAUCGUAGACCAGCCGUCGGCGGGACAGAUCCAGAUGAGGGGUGCGGCAGUUGGGAAGAAGAGAGAGGCGGGCCUCCAGCUGUACGUGUUUAGUGACAAAGUCAGCCCGCCCAGUCUGGGCUUCCUGGCAGGAUAUGGGAUCAUGGGUCUCUACGCCUCGGUGGUGCUCGUCAUCGGAAAGUUUGUGCGCGAGUUCUUCAGCGGCAUCUCGCACUCCAUCAUGUUCGAGGAGCUGCCCGUCGUGGACCGCAUCUUGAAGCUGUGUACCGACAUCUUCCUGGUCAGAGAGACGGGCGAGCUGGAACUGGAGGAAGACCUAUAUGCCAAGCUCAUCUUCCUGUACCGAUCACCAGAGACUAUGAUCAAGUGGACCAGGCACCAGAAAAUAAAGUGAGAGAGCCACCUAGUAGGCGACAGAGACAUGAAGUCUCAGAAGGAUAGAUUUCUAAAAAAAAAGAAAAGCACAAUCCAGCAGGAAGUUCCAAGCUAGCUUGUUGCGCUCCGUCCUUUGGUGCGACUGUGAUAAGAACCAUCUCCCUAUCGAGCCUACAGUGAAACAAUGUGACCUACACAUGAAAGGUGACUGCAGAAGCAGUGUUUUGUUUGUACUCUUUAAGUGCAUCUCUAAAGAUUUGCAGCCAUCAGUCAGUCAGUGUGUUAGAGAUGACACAGAUGUCUGGCCUUUUUCCUAUUGGGAAACAUGAACCAUGGGUUGUGCAAUAUACUGUCCAGAUAGUUGGCUGUGAACUUGAAUAGACAUGUUAUCUUGAGCUACACGGAAGAGAAGGGGACAGCGACAGAGACACUAGCCACUUGUAUUGUCCAAGAUAUUUUACCUUACAGUAGCCUACUGGAUGUGCUUUGACUUUUCCAGCAAGACAACAGCGAGAGGUUGUGACAUGGAAAACAAGUUAAGAUACUUUGUUGCCAUUAUUGUGAUGUUUCUGAAGAGUAAUCAAAUGGAGCUGUCGUUCUCAGGAAAUGAAUAUCAUCUCACCAGAACGGGAAUACGUAUUUUUUUUAACCUGUAGGACACCUAGGAGAAACUAAAAAGGGAAAAACAGUGAUGUGAUGAACACUGAGUAUUUCUAUCAUAUCAUGGAGUAUGUCCAUGUUCAUGGAACCCCUAUGAAGACCUGUGAUUUGAGAAUAGGAGGGCGUCAAUUCAGCCAUUCUUUUUUAAGCUUGUAACCUGUAUUGCUUGAAAACCCCCUUUUUUUAUUUGUUAGUGUUAAGUUCACAUGGUCAACCAAAAUGUGAUCAAAUCCAUGCAAUACAAGGUGUAAGUGAAUAGAUUGUUUUCUUGUCAUGAGAUACAUAAUGUCUGUGCACCUCCAUAGUGUAAGGAAACCAGUUUGUGGUGUUAUUGUGGUUCAGCGACCUGAGCAUAAAGCACAUGUUUGAAAGCUGAAUGUUGAGAAUGUUGCUGCCAUUUUAUUCAGUAAAAACACAAGAAGGCAUGCCACAAACAUCCAGCCUGCAUGCUCCACAAUACUUGACACACAUUUUAAGAUUAGUUGUAAACAGGAAUCAUCAUUUCUAUCUUUCAGUUGGUUAAAAAGCAUAGCCAUAUGAAAACUGUGGAAAGGCAUUCUGAAAUCCUGAUGAAACAAAACAAUAAAUAACUUUAUACUAAA